ACAGAGCGGUCAGAGUAAUUUAAAGUGAAUCCAAUUGGGACUCUGGAGAAAAAUCUACGGGCCAGCGGACACCACCGUGUCGAAGGCCGCGACUUUCACUUGUAGUGAUCUGCACCGCCUUUCAGCCUACAGCGGAUUCUCGGAACGAAAUUUAAAUUUAAAUCCGUCCAAAACCCUAACCUAGUCCGUCUCGAUCGAACUUCUACCUCACUGACAACUCAAGUAAGCUGCAGGAAUGGGGAAGAAGCAGCACAGCAAAGACCGGAUGUUCAUAACGAAAACGGAGUGGGCGACGGAGUGGGGCGGCGCCAAAUCCAAAGAAUCUGGCACCCCUUUCAAACGCCUCCCCUUCUAUUGCUGCGCUCUCACGUUUACGCCUUUUGAAGUCCCCGUUUGCACUGCAGAUGGCAGUGUAUUUGAGAUCAUGUAAGUCCUUCCCACAAGCAGGAAGUAUGGUAGAAAUCCAGUAACUGGAGCUCCGCUCAAGCAGGAGGAUUUGAUUUCACUCACUUUCCACAAGAAUUCUGAAGGAGAGUAUCAUUGCCCUGUUCUAAAUAAGGUUUUUACGGAGUUCACACACAUAGUUGCUGUCAAAACUACUGGCAAUGUGUUUUGUCAUGAGGCAAUUAAGGAAUUAAACAUUAAAACUAAGAACUGGAAGGAGCUUCUCACUGAUGAACCCUUCACUAAGGAAGAUAUUAUAACUAUUCAGAAUCCUAAUGCACUUGAUAGCAGGGUUCUUACUGACUUUGAUCAUGUGAAGAAAAACUUGAAAGUUGACGACGAAGAACUAAAGAAAAUGGAAUCUGACCCGUAUUAUAACAUAAAUGUUACUGGGGAUAUAAAGCAAAUGCUUAAGGAGCUGGGAACUGAAAAAGGUAAGGAGAUCGCUUUACAUGGUGGUGGUGGGAGCAAGGCUAUGAAUGAAAGAGCUGCAGCUCUUGCAGCCAUUUUAGCUGCAAGAUCACGUAUCAAGGAUGACGCUGAAUCAAAAAGUGAUGAGAAGCCCAAGCAGACAUUCAGUAUUGUAGAUGCUGCGUCUGCUGCAGUUUAUGGAAGAAGUGCUGCUGCUGCAAAGGCUGAUGCUAGUCAAAAAACUGCUGCUCGCAUAGCGAUGCACAUGGCUGGUGAGAGGGCCCCCGUAAAUGCGAAGCUGGUUAAAAGUCGUUUCACAACCGGUGCUGCUUCACGAUCUUUCACUUCUACCUCUUAUGAUCCUGUUACCAAGAAUGAAUAUGAAUAUAUUAAAGUUGAGAAAAAUCCCAAGAAGAAAGGUUAUGUCAGGCUGCAAACGACGCAUGGUGAUUUGAACAUUGAGCUGCAUUGUGACAUCACCCCACGAACAUGUGAAAACUUCAUCACUCUUUGUGAACGUGGUUAUUAUAACGGAGUCGCUUUUCAUAGAAAUAUAAGAAACUUCAUGAUUCAAGGUGGAGAUCCUACUGGGACUGGAAGAGGAGGUGAGUCGAUUUGGGGGAAGCCCUUCAAAGAUGAACUCAACUCCAAGUUAGUUCAUUCUGGAAGAGGUGUUGUUAGUAUGGCGAACUCUGGUCCUCACACGAAUGGUUCGCAGUUCUUCAUCCUGUACAAGUCCGCAAAUCAUUUGAACUUCAAACACACAGUUUUUGGAAUGGUUGUUGGAGGCUUGCCAACCCUUUCAGCAAUGGAGAAAGUACCUGUUGAUGAUGAUGACCGACCUUUGGAAGAGAUUAAGAUUAUUAGUGUAGAAGUAUAUGUCAAUCCUUACGCUGAAUCUGAUGAAGAGGAGGAAGGGAAGACCAAUGAGGAGAAGAAAGUUGAGGAUGAAGAAAAUGAUAAGAUUGGUUCAUGGUACAGCAAUCCAGUGACAAGAUCAACAGAGACUCCUGCUCUUGGUGGUGGUGUUGGGAAGUACCUGAAAGCAAGGAUUAGUCAGGCUGCAUCUGCCACCAGUCUUGAUAUUGAUGCACAGGCUGGAUCUGUAGUGAAGAAAAGAAAAUUGGGGGUGUCCAGUGGAGAACUUAAAGAUUUCUCUUCUUGGUAAGAUUUUCAAUUAUUUUUGUAUCUCCUGUUAGAUAUAUCAUCAACAGAUUAGUUGAACUGUGUAAGAAAAUGAGCUACUGGGUUAGACUGGUGUAUAUUUACUCAUAUGCAUCUGUUGGGUGACCAAAUUUCUUCCGCAAUUUAUUUUCGUAAUUUGAGGAAUGUUCACUAACUCUUACCAUUAGUGUUGCCUGGUCACCGAGAUGAGUUGGCAGUCAUUAAUAUUAUGUCUUACCUGUC